GGCGCGGGGCCACAGCAUGAGCUCCCCCGGCCCGGAGGGCGCGGGCAAGCCCCCGCAGUACCGCGUGGACCACCUGCUGAGCGCCGUGGAGAGCGAGAUGCAGGCGGGCAGCGAGAAGGGCGACCCCACGGAGCGGGAGCUGCGCGUCGCGCUGGAGGACAGCGACCUGUGGCUGCGCUUCAAGGAGCUCACCAACGAGAUGAUUGUCACCAAGAACGGCAGGAGGAUGUUCCCGGUGCUGAAGGUGAGCGUGUCGGGGCUGGAUCCAAACGCCAUGUACUCCUUCCUGCUGGACUUCGUGGCGGCCGACGGGCACCGCUGGAAGUACGUGAACGGGGAGUGGGUACCGGGCGGGAAGCCGGAGCCGCAGGCGCCCAGCUGCGUCUACAUCCACCCUGACUCGCCUAAUUUCGGCGCCCACUGGAUGAAGGCGCCCGUCUCCUUCAGUAAAGUCAAACUCACCAACAAGCUCAACGGCGGCGGCCAGAUCAUGUUGAACUCCCUGCACAAGUAUGAGCCAAGGAUUCAUAUAGUGCGAGUGGGUGGCCCACAGCGGAUGAUCACCAGCCAUUCCUUCCCAGAGACCCAGUUUAUAGCCGUGACGGCCUACCAGAACGAGGAGAUCACAGCUUUAAAAAUUAAAUACAAUCCGUUUGCAAAGGCAUUUCUUGAUGCAAAAGAAAGAAGUGAUCACAAAGAUAUGAUGGAGGAAGUGGGAGACAAUCAGCAGUCUGGGUAUUCACAGUUAGGUAGUUGGCUUAUUCCUGGGACUGGGACUCUCUGCCCCCCUGCCAAUCCUCACCCCCAGUUUGGAGCCCCCCUGUCACUCUCCCCUGCUCACAGCUGUGAAAGAUACUCGUCGCUGAGGAACCACCGUCCUGCCCCCUACGCCACCCCUUACACCCAUAGAAACAACUCGCCAACAGCCUAUGCCGAUAACUCCUCUGCUUGCCUAUCCAUGCUGCAGUCCCAUGACAACUGGUCUUCUCUAGGAGUUACUACACACACAGCGAUGCUGCCCAUGAGUCACAACACUGGCACAGCUACCAGCUCCAGUCAGUACCCCAACUUAUGGUCUGUGAGUAACAGCACCAUCACACCGGUGUCUCAGUCAAGCGGGAUGUCCAAUGGCCUGAGCUCCCAGUUUUUGCGUGGCUCUCCUGCACACUACACUGCUCUUCCUCACCCCGUCACAGCCACCUCCUCUGCCUCGCCCCUGUACGACGGCGGGGCACCCACAGACCUGCCCGACAGCCAAUAUGAUGCCUCUGCACAUGCCAGGCUGGCAUCCACGUGGACACCUGUCACGCCCCCUUCCAUGUAAACCUCGACCUUUUCCUCUAAGGCAGACUUUUUAGCUACUGAAUUGCUUUAAAUGCUUAAUCCUGAAGGAAGACAAAAAGGAGACAUGAAGGAAACUGCAAACAAAGCAUCUGCACUGCUUUGCAUAGAGCAUCUGUAUUAUACCUCUUAUAGUGAACAGUGCAUCACUGACUUCAUGUAGAGUUUACAAAUCUGGUGAGUGUGCAAUUCUGAGAGCAGAUUCACUGCUUUUAAUAUUUUUCCUUUUUUAAAGUUUGAUAGACUUAAGUUUUAAGUUUUUUACUUAGAUUCCAAAUUUCUCAGUGUUCUGAUAUAUUUGGACCUGAAAUUUGGCAUUGUUCUUAAGUUGCUCAAAACUGGUUUUCAGUUAAUUUUUUUAAAUUACAAACUUAGCUAUAAUCAUGAGAAGACUUAUUAACCAUCUAGUUAGAAGCAUUCUGAAAUAUGCACAAAUGUAGCUGAGGAGUGAAGUUUUUGGAAAAUCAUGUGCACUAACACGUAUUUGCCUCACAAAUACGUUGUGUUCUUAACUGUAUGCUUAUUUCCUUGCUGCUGAAUUAAUGUUGAGACAAUCUGCAAGAACUAUAAUUUUCCCAAUAAGAGCAGUAUUAAUGUUUGGUCUAAAAAGUUUUACCCAAAAGACUCCUUUUAGAGGUAAGUUUUGCUGUUUGAUUAUAUAGAUUUCAGAAACCCAUCAGCUUAACUAAACAUCUCAUUUCAAACAGCCGGUGUCUAAUUAGGAGCCCUAUCCAAAACGUUUUGAGACAUUGAAAAUACAUCACUGUUUUUU